AUGGCUCAAACCAGCUUGCUGCAGGGAAAGCCGUUUUACUGUAGGGAGUGGGUUUUCCACAAGCUUCAGCACUGCCUCCAGGAGAAAGCUAACUGCAGCAGUAGUGCUGCCAACAAACCAUCUCUUGUAGCGAAUUCUGGGAAUAAUACCGGCGUUGUCUCUGGGAAAGGAGCCGCCUGGGGUGUAUUGUUGGUAGGAGGGCCCGGCAGUGGGAAGACGGCCCUCUGUACCGAGUUACUGUGGCCAAGCUCACCUGCAAACCUACAGAGAGGCCUACACCGUCAGGCUCUGGCCUUCCAUUUCUGCAGGGCCCAAGACUCCGACACCCUGUGUGUCGGGGGGUUUAUCAGAGGUUUAGUUACACAAAUCUGCCGCGGUGGACUGAUCCAGGGAUACGAGGACAAACUAAGAGACCCCGCCAUUCAAAGUCUCUUGCAACCCGGGGAAUGCGAGAGGAACCCUGCUGAAGCGUUUAAAAGGUGCAUUCUGCUCCCUCUCUUGGGAGCGAAGCCCCCCCAGCAGAGCCUUUUCCUGCUCGUCGAUUCGGUUGACGAGGGCUGUAACGUUUCCGAGGGCGAACAGACUUCUACAAGUUUAUCCGGAACGAUAGCGGAGCUUUUAGCUGGCCACUUUGAGUUCUUCCCUCCCUGGCUGCUCCUCCUGUGUUCUGCCCGCAAGCAGAGUAAAGCUGUUACCAAAAUGUUUACAGGUUUUCGAAAAAUAAGUCUGGAUGAUCUGCGAAAGGCUUACAUUGUGAAAGAUGUGCAACAAUAUAUUCUGCAUCGUUUAGAUCAGGAGGAAGCACUGAGACAGCAUCUCACAAAAGAAACUGCAGAAAUGCUGAAUCAGCUUCACAUCAAAAGCAGCGGUUGCUUUCUGUAUCUGGAACGUGUCCUAGAUGGAGUCGUGGAGAAUUUUAUUAUGUUACGAGAGAUCCGUGAUAUUCCGGGAACGUUAAACGGCCUCUACCUUUGGCUCUGUCAGAGACUUUUUGUGAGAAAACAAUUUGCAAAGGUCCAGCCUAUUCUUAAUGUAAUUCUUGCAGCCUGUAGGCCGUUAACCACCACGGAGUUGUAUCAUGCAGUGUGGACCAAAAAUAUGACAUUGACGAUGGAAGACUUUCAACGCAAGUUGGAUGUCCUGUCAAAAGUCCUUAUUGAUGGGCUGGGAAAUACAAAAAUCUUAUUUCAUUAUAGUUUUGCGGAAUGGUUGCUAGACGUAAAGCACUGUACGCAGAAAUACUUGUGUAACGCAGCAGAGGGACACAGAAUGCUGGCAAUGAGUUACACUUGCCGAGCGAAGGAUUUGACACCGCUAGAAGCUCAAGAGUUUGCACUGCAUCUAAUUAAUUCAAAUUUACAGUUAGAGACUUCAGAGCUGGCUUUAUGGAUGAUAUGGAACGGCACACCCGUCAAAGACUCCCUGUCGACCUUAAUUCCUAAAGAACAGGAGGUAUUACAGCUACUGGUAAAAGCUGGCGCUCACGUCAACAGUGAAGACGACCGCACGUCUUGCAUUGUUCGGCAGGCUCUGGAGAGGGAAGAUUCCAUUCGCACCUUGUUAGACAACGGAGCAUCAGUAAACCAGUGCGAUUCCAAUGGGAGAACGCUCUUGGCCAACGCAGGCUACAGCGGCAAUCUCGAUGUCGUUAACUUGCUGGUUUCAAGGGGAGCAGAUUUAGAGAUAGAAGAUACUCAUGGGCAAACAGCACUUACCUUAGCUGCUCGGCAGGGACACACCAAGGUUGUCAAUUGCUUGAUUGGAUGCGGGGCUAAUGUUAAUCACACUGAUCACGACGGCUGGACGGCAUUGCGAUCCGCAGCGUGGGGUGGGCACACGGAGGUGGUUUCUGCGCUCCUUUAUGCUGGAGUCAAAGUGGACUGUGCAGAUGCCGACAGUCGAACGGCGCUGAGGGCAGCAGCUUGGGGAGGACAUGAAGAUAUUGUGCUCAAUCUGCUUCAACAUGGUGCUGAAGUUAAUAAAGCUGAUAAUGAGGGCAGAACAGCUUUGAUUGCGGCCGCUUACAUGGGGCAUAAGGAGAUCGUGGAGCACCUGCUGGAUCACGGUGCAGAGGUAAACCAUGAGGAUGUGGAUGGAAGGACUGCACUGUCCGUGGCUGCGCUUUGUGUCCCAGCCAGUAAGGGACAUGCCUCAGUGGUUAGUCUUCUAAUUGACCGCGGUGCUGAAGUUGACCAUUGCGAUAAAGACGGCAUGACUCCGCUGCUGGUAGCUGCUUAUGAAGGACAUGUAGAUGUUGUCGAUCUACUUCUAGAAGGAGGAGCCGAUGUUGAUCACACAGACAACAAUGGUCGCACGCCACUGCUGGCAGCAGCCUCCAUGGGCCACGCUUCAGUUGUGAAUACUCUCUUAUUUUGGGGUGCAGCUGUUGAUAGCAUUGAUAGUGAAGGGAGAACGGUUCUGAGCAUAGCCUCUGCGCAAGGCAAUGUCGAAGUAGUACGGACUCUGCUGGACAGGGGGCUAGAUGAAAACCAUAGGGAUGAUGCAGGCUGGACACCUUUGCAUAUGGCAGCUUUUGAAGGUCACAGGUUGAUCUGUGAUGCUCUUAUAGAACAAGGUGCUAGAACAAAUGAAAUUGAUAAUGAUGGACGUAUACCUUUCAUAUUAGCUGCACAAGAAGGUCACUAUGAUUGUGUGCAGAUAUUACUGGAAAAUAAAUCCAACAUUGAUCAGAGAGGCUAUGAUGGGAGAAACGCUCUCCGGGUUGCUGCUUUAGAAGGUCACAGAGAUAUAGUUGAACUACUGCUCAGCCACGGAGCAGAUGUCAACUACAAAGACGCUGAUGGCCGGCCAACACUUUAUAUCUUAGCGUUAGAAAACCAGCUUACGAUGGCUGAGUAUUUUUUAGAAAAUGGUGCAAACGUAGAAGCAAGUGAUGCUGAAGGAAGAACAGCACUCCAUGUUUCCUGCUGGCAGGGCCAUUUGGAGAUGGUACAGGUGCUGAUAACAUACCAUGCCGAUGUGAAUGCUGCAGAUAACGAGAAGAGAUCUGCUUUGCAGUCCGCUGCAUGGCAAGGUCACGUGAAGGUAGUGCAGCUUCUCAUUGAGCAUGGAGCUCUGGUUGACCAUACAUGUAAUCAAGGUGCUACUGGACUCUGCAUUGCAGCCCAAGAAGGGCACAUUGACGUUGUCCAGAUAUUACUGGAGCAUGGUGCUGAUCCAAAUCAUGCCGACCAGUUUGGGCGCACUGCUAUGCGUGUUGCAGCUAAAAAUGGACACUCUCAGAUUAUUAAGUUACUGGAAAAAUACGGUGCAUCUACUCUGAACGGUUGCACUCCAUCUCCAGUCCACACAAUGGAGCAAAAACCCUUACAGUCAGUCUCCUCUAAAAUGCAGUCGUUAACAAUGAAGUCAAACAGUUCAGGGAGUACUGGUGGAGAUAUGCAGCCUAGUAUGCGUGGCUUAUCUAAUGGGCCUGCUCACGCCUUCAGUUCUCCUUCAGAGUCACCUGAUUCUACAGUUGACCGUCAGAAGUCAUCCUUAUCAAAUAAUUCCCUGAAAAGUUCCAAAAACUCUUCUCUCCGCACCACAUCGUCGACUGCUACCGCUCAGACGGUGCCCAUUGAUAGUUUCCACAGCCUGUCGUUCACAGAGCAAAUACAGCAGCAUUCCCUGCCCCGCAGCAGAAGUAGGCAGUCUAUUGUUUCUCCUUCUUCCACAACUCAUUCCCUAAGUCAAAAUCAUAAUUCACCAAGCAGCGAAUUUGAAUGGAGCCAAGUCAAACCUAGUUUGAAAUCAACUAAAGCUAACAAAGGGGGGAAAACGGACAACUCCAGCAAAUCUGGGUCAGCUGGAAAAAAAUUAAAACAAAGUAGUUCCUCCCAACCAAAAGUGUUAGAGUAUGAAAUGACUCAGUUUGAUAAACGAGUACCUAUUGCCAAAUCUGGGACGAGCGUGCCACUGAAAUCAAUGCCGGCAGAGCCACAGUGCAAAAUUUUGGUCCCACCAGCUCAGCAAGAAGUUGGUCGAUCUCAGCAACAGUUCCUAAUUCACCAACAGAGUGGAGAACAGAAGAAAAGAAAUGGAAUUAUGACAAAUCCAAAUUACCACCUUCAGAGCAAUCAGGUUUUUCUCGGUAGGGUUUCCGUCCCACGAACAGUGCAGGAUAGAGGGCAUCAAGAAGUACUGGAAGGCUAUCCUCCCGCCGAGACAGAACUCAGCCUUAAGCAAGCCUUAAAACUUCAGAUUGAAGGUAGCGACCCAAGUUUCAACUACAAGAAGGAAACCCCAUUAUAA